AUGGACUCUAAAAUAUUUAUGCGAAGCAAUGCUAUAGCAUUGCUUCUUACUUUUCUUCUAAGCAUAUCAACUAUGCAAACAUCCUCAGCAGAUACCACCACCACCAAAAAUUCUAGCGAAACCUACACAAAUUACCUAAAAACGGCUUGCAAUUCUACCUUAUAUCCACAACUUUGCUUUGAGUCCCUCUCUCCUUACACCUCCACCAUCAAAACCAACGACCUCAAACUAUGCACCAAAGCAUUAACGGUGACCCUCAAAGCUGCAAGCAACACGUCAAAAUUAGUAGAAAGCUUAUCGAAGGAAAGCAACUUAAGCAAGACUAAAGCUGGUAUUAUUAAAGAUUGCAUUGAAGAAACGGGAGACUCCAUCGAUAAACUGAAGCAGUCUUUGAAGGCUUUAGGCAGCCUAAAUGGUUCAGCUGAUAUUCAUUUUCAGAUUUCUAACAUACAAACAUGGAUGAGUGCCGCGAUAACGGAAGAAAAUACCUGUACAGAUGGAUUUGAUGAGAGGAAGAUAAGUGAUGAAGUGAUGAGAACGAUCAGAAAGACUGGAGGGAUUAAUAUCAUAUAUGGUGGGAGUGGGACAAAUGGUGAAGAAAUGCAUCGCAUGGCCGGUGCCAUUGUUCAUGUGCAAAUGAGCCUAACCUCCGUUUAUGGGCCCAUCAAGGAUGUUGCACAAGGUCUAAGUUCUAAAAACAGCAAAAGAUCAGAGCAUCUAGCCCGACCCAGUUCCUAUCAAGGCCCAAUCUACCAUAGUCUCUUUCCAUUGUACCUCUAA